GAUACUCGUUGAAGACCCGUAGCCUUUCGGUCACAACACAACGCUCGUCCAAGCAUCCACAUGUACCACGACCUCGCCUACCAACGCGGGCUGCACGUCGCGCCAGAUAGCCCGCCGCCGGCGCUCGACGGGUUGAUUUCCGUACCGGUCGUUGCUCUGGACGAUGUCGAGGUGGUUUGGCCCAUGCACUGUGACACGGCCAACGACGUAUUCGACGAGACCCGCGAUCGUGUCGGCGUCAACGUCCCUCCACACCGCGUUUCGAUGGAUGCCGCCUGGGAGGCGACAGUAGCACGUCAGCUGCGACCGCUCGUUGCUCACUUGUCUGCCGACGUGACGAUCGCUUUGGCGCAUCUCAGCCUUGCGACUGC